AUGGAAUGGUGCUGUGCCCCGGGCCAGCAGGCUGGGCUCGCCAUGGUGCUGGGUGCCAUCCUGGCACGAGGGCGGGACGUGUGCCGGCGGAAUGGACUGCUCAUUCUGUCUGUGCUCUCUGUCACCGUGGGCUGCCUCCUCGGCUUCUUCCUGAGGACCCGGCACCUCUCACCACAGGAAAUUAGUUACUUCCAGUUUCCGGGAGAGCUCUUGAUGAGGAUGUUGAAGAUGCUGAUCCUACCACUGGUGGUCUCCAGCUUGAUGUCCGGCCUCGCCUCUCUGGAUGCCAAGACCUCCAGCCGCCUGGGCAUCCUCACUGUAGCGUACUACCUGUGGACCACCUUCGUGGCAGUCAUCGUGGGCAUCGUCAUGGUCUCCAUCAUCCACCCGGGCAGCGCGGCCCAGAAGGAGACGACGGAGCAUAGUGGGAAGCCCAUCAUGAGCUCAGCAGACCCCCUGCUGGACCUCAUUCGGAAUAUGUUCCCAGCCAACCUGGUGGAAGCCACGUUCAAACAGUACCGCACCAAGACCACCCCCGUUGUGAAGUCCCCCAAGGUGGCACCGGAGGAGGCCCCUCCUCGGCGGAUCCUCAUCUAUGGGGUCCAGGAGGAGAAUGGCUCUCGUGUGCAGAACUUCGCCCUGGACCUGACCCCACCCCCUGAGGUCGUUUACAAGUCGGAGCCUGGCACCAGCGACGGCAUGAACGUGCUGGGCAUCGUCAUCUUCUCUGCCACCAUGGGCAUCAUGCUGGGCCGUAUGGGUGACAGCGGGGCCCCCCUGGUCAACUUCUGCCAGUGCCUCAAUGAGUCCGUCAUGAAGAUCGUGGCAGUGGCUGUGUGGUACUUCCCCUUUGGCAUCGUGUUCCUCAUCGCUGGCAAGAUCCUGGAGAUGGACAACCCCACGACCGUGGGAAAGAAGCUGGGCUUCUACGCUGCCACCGUGGUGUGCGGGCUAGUGGUGCACGGCCUCUUCAUCCUGCCCCUGCUCUACUUCUUCAUCACCAAAAAGAACCCCAUCGUCUUCAUCCGUGGCAUUCUCCAGGCCCUGCUCAUCGCGCUGGCCACCUCCUCCAGCUCAGCCACACUGCCAAUCACCUUCAAGUGCCUGCUGGAGAACAACCACAUCGACCGGCGCAUUGCCCGCUUCGUGCUGCCCGUGGGCGCCACCAUCAACAUGGAUGGCACCGCACUCUACGAGGCUGUGGCCGCCAUCUUCAUUGCCCAGGUCAACAACUAUGAGCUGGACUUCGGCCAGAUCAUCACCAUCAGCAUCACAGCCACCGCAGCCAGCAUCGGGGCAGCCGGCAUCCCCCAGGCCGGGCUCGUCACCAUGGUCAUCGUGCUCACCUCCGUGGGACUUCCCACUGAUGACAUCACCCUCAUCAUCGCUGUCGACUGGGCUCUGGACCGUUUCCGCACCAUGAUUAACGUGCUGGGUGAUGCGCUGGCCGCCGGGAUCAUGGCUCACGUCUGCCGGAAGGACUUCGCUCAGGACACGGGCACUGAGAAACUGCCGCCCUGCGAGACCAAGCCCGUGAGCCUCCAGGAGAUCGUGGCGACCCAGCAGAAUGGCUGUGUGAAGAGCGUGGCUGAGGCCUCAGAGCUGACCCUGGGCCCCACCUGUCCCCACCACGUCCCCAUCCAGGUGGAGCAGGAUGAGGAGCCAGCUGCUGCCAGUCUGGACCACUGCACCAUUGAGAUCAGUGAGCUUGAGACCAACGUCUGA